UCAUCACCUCAUUAGUUUAUUGUGGUUCAACAAAACCAAGACUAGAUUUUUACAGCAUCAUCAACACUCUCCUCAAAGUUUCUUCCUUCUCCUCAUCUUUUACCAUCCAAACAAAAUCGUUGUUAAAAAAGGAGUACAGAUGAGGAACAGUUUAUCACCAGAAACAAAGAAACCAGAUGAACACAGUGAAGUUCUUCAAUUGUCCGAAUCGAGUUCUUCUUGGAAGAUGGAUUCCAGCUCUGGCGACUCCACCCCUGUUGAAGCUAGUACAGACAUUCGAAAUCAUCGUACACUUCUUCAUAAGAAAAAAGGUCGCGUCAGGUGCAAUUAUUGUGCAAGGGAGAUCUGUAAUUAUUCUCGUCUUAAGAAACACUUAGGCGGAAUACGUGGAAAUGUAUCACCUUGUGUUGAAGUUCCAGAGGAUAUUAAGGUACAAAUGGAGAAAGACAGCCUACCCACUUUGUCCGGCAAGAGGAAACACGGCGUUGUUAUGGAGUAUUCUGGAUCAGAGCAAAAAGAUGAGAUGCUACAGGUUUUGCAUAACCCCAAAAAGAAAAACAAAGUGAAGAACAAAGAAGAAGCUGAAAAUGACUCAUCCAGGCAAACCCAGAGGUGUAUCGGCAGAUUCUUUAUUGAAAAUGGAAUUGAUUUUAGUUCUGCAAACUCAUCUACCUUCAAAAAUAUGGUACAUGCUUUGGUUGGAAGUGGAUCCACGGAACUUAAGGCCCCUAGUUGUGAUGACCUAAAAGGGUGGAUCCUAGAGGAAGAACUGAAAGCAACGCAAGAGCAUGUGCAGGAAGUUGUGUGUUCUUGGGGAAGCACUGGGUGCAGCAUAUUGCUGGAUGGAUGGACAGAUAAGAGUGGGCGAAAUAUGAUUAAUUUUGUAGUUGAUAGCCCACAGGGUCCCAUAUUCUGGAAGUCGGCCGAUGUCUCAGAUUCCAUUGGAGAUGUAGAUGCCAUGAUCUCAUUGAUAAGUGGAGUUAUUGAUGAGGUUGGAGUGCAGAAUGUGGUUCAAAUUGUGACAUAUACUACUGCGGGUUCAAUGGAGGCAGUGGGUAAACAAAUGACAGAGAAAUAUAAGAGUAUAUUUUGGACUGUUUGUGCAUCUCACUGCAUUGGCCUCAUGUUGGAGAAGAUAGGAAUGUUGGGCACUGAGAGAGUACUCAGUAAAGCAAAGGCCAUUGCUAAGUUCAUUUACAGCCAUGAGACAGUAUUGAAUCUCAUGAGAAAACACACUGGUGGAGUGGACCUAGUUAGUUCCUCCAGGAUAAGAUCAGCGAUGCCUUUCUUAAUAUUGGAGACAAUCAAGUCUCAAAAGAAAAAUUUGAGGAACAUGUUCGCUUCGCCAGAAUGGAAAGACUCGACCUUGGCUUCUACGGCUGAUGGAAGGAUGGUGUCUGGUAUGGUCACUAGGGAGCCUUCUUUCUGGACUGAAGCCGAGAUGCUUUUGAAGGCAAGUGUUCCGCUUAUACGUGCUCUGCAUCUACUUAAUGGAGAAGAUGAUAGACCUCAGUUGGGCUACAUAUACGAGACAAUGGGUCAGGUCAAGGAGCAAAUAAAAAAGAACCAUCAAGGCAGGAAAAGCAAAUAUCAGCCUUUGUGGACAGUCAUCGAUGGAAUUUGGGAUGACCAACUCCAUAGCCCUAUCCAUGCAGCGGGAUACUAUUUAAAUCCGGGUCUCUUUUACUUUGAAGAUUUCUGUGCUGAUAGUGAGGUUAAGACCGGAUUUCUGUGCUGCAUCGUACGAAUUCUGGAGGAUAAACGUGAACAAGAUUUGAUAGCAACACAAUUCAAAGAGUAUAAAAUGUUAGGUGGAACUUUUGGUUGCGGGGAUGCUAUCGAUCUAAGAGCAAGGCUUGCUCCAGCGAAAUGGUGGUCCUUGUAUGGAGUUGACUGCCCCGAGUUACAACGAUUUGCUAUAAGAAUUCUGUCUCAGACCUGUACUGGUGCCUUAAGAUAUGGUUUGAAAAGGAGUCUGACUGAGGAACUGCAUACGAAGGGAAGGAACUUUAUAGAGCAAAAACGGUUGACUGAGCUGACAUUCGUUCACCAUAAUCUCCGGUUGCAAAAUUUGCCUGCUUCAAACUCAGGUAACACUGACAUAUUUCUUGAACCGAUCGAUCCAAUGGACGAAUGGAUUGCUGGCAUGGAAGAGAAAGCAGCUAAACAAAUUGGUAAUGUUUAAAUUAGCUGGAUGAUCAGUAAAUAAUGACUGUGGUGGUGCGAAUACGCAAUUAGUUUGUAGAAAGGUAGGGAAUUUAAAAUUUGGAAGGCAUGGAGUGGCUUCAAUAGAGACAGAAUGAUACAUUGUUUUGAGGUGGAUAGGAAGAACAUAUGCAUGAAUUAAUCAGGAGCUCCUUUUUCUUUGAACGCAUCAGCAUUACUUUCCUUAUCGACUUGAAUCAAAGAGUUGUUUCAUGGAAAGAAAACUCUAGAAAUAGUAUUAGAGCACACAGAGAUGUAUAUAAAGCCAAGAAGAUGCAGCCUCAGUGGCUUGAGGUAGUAAUUUCAAAAUUAUGUGUGAACGUAUGGAUAACUUAUUUUGAAUCUCUGAAUAUGUUAAUCAAGAUUACUUUUCUUUUUUGAA